AGUUCAGAUCCGAACGCAUCACUGCAGUCCAUCUUAGCAUCUUCCAAGAAGCCACCGAGCACUGGUGGCGUCCAGAUGCCGCCUUGGAGUUCUUCGCCCAUGGUCAUGCCCACACCUCAGACAACCGGAAAGCGAAAGCUGGAUGAUGCUGACGCGGAGGAUCCGCAUCAGAAGAUCCGUCGCGUCGUACGAAAUCACGUUUUGCAGGAUCCAGGACGCGUCGUGCCCAUGACCACUGUGGUCUGCCUCCACGCUGCGGUCGCCCAGAAGUCAUAUGGUAGCGAGAAGCGCUUCCUUUGCCCGCCUCCCGUCGUUCACAUCGAGGGACCGGUAUGGCAAAUGCGCAAUCAGCAAUUGUCGAUGGCGGUCGUUUCUGAGGAUGGGACUCGAUCCUUCGAGCAGAAAGCACCCCUGGACAAUAACAUGACCGCCAGUUUCAAGUUCCUACAUGUCACGGGCACGGCGAAAGCGAAGAGCUUCCAAUUGUCUCUUGACAUCGCCGAACCCCCUCCUCCCUCCCUCACGCCUGAGGGCGGUGAACCUCCCAGUGGGCGCACAUGGGCUUCAUUUGACUCCGCGCCCGUCACGAUCAUCUCCAAGCCUUCGAAAAAGACCGCGAAGACGCGCAAUAUCUCCUCGUGUAUCUUGGCAGGUGGUCCUGUUUCCUUGUUCAACCGGAUCAAUUCCCAAACUGUACGCACGAAAUAUAUGACGAUUGACCACGGCUCGUUAUGUGGUCCCCAGCCGGUCACUUACGGUUCGGAGGUCAUAUUGUCUGAUACGAAUUCGGGCAUUUCGACAUCACCGCUUUUGAUCCGUAAAGUCGACAAGGGUAGGAUCAUCGCGGACGAUGGAGGUCCUGUCAGUCAAAUGCAGAAGAUUGCAUUGCAAAGAGUGAACCCCGAUGGCUCCCGGCAUUAUCUGUCAGCUGCCGGACCCAUGCCUGGGACGCCGGGCGUGGUUGCGCCUCCGGCGCCUGGCAUGUCACAACAAGCCGGAACACAUCCUCUAGUGUUCUCGUCACCUCGCAUCCGCGAUGAACUUAAGGAUGGCGUACGUGUUAUCUCAGAUGAAGUUGACGACUAUUUGUGUUGGACCAUCGUUGGAAUCUCGAAGUUCCAGUAUACCUUCUUCGAUGCCUUCGGGCAGAAUAGCAAUAUCCCAGAAAUGCCGAUAACUCCGUUUCCCACCCUGUUUACCGCGCCUACCUACCGUCACCAGAAUCGCAGUAUGGAUCUGACGGUGUCAAACUUCUUCUAUGAGCAUCCGAAGACAAGGAUGCAAACCCCGUUGGAUGUUUACCUUGGGAACCUAGGUCCACUCCGUCAGCGUGUGUACCAAGCGACGCCUCCGGGGCCCUUGACGGCCAUCUCGCCUUUCGUGCAUACAUUGACUCCUUCGCACCCGCCGCAGCCGCCUCACCCGCCUAUGUUGCCUCAAGAUGGUUCCAGUUCGUCUGAGCCGAUCUUUGUUGCUCCUCCCCGAUUCAUUCCGUCGGGGCCCGUGCACACGAUUGUCGUCGUGGAAAUGCCUCCUAUUCCGGAGAUCAUCAAGGCUCUGGAGGAGGAUGCUGCGCCGCCCAAAAGUGACGAUAACCAACGAGCAGGCGACUCGUCGUCGGGUCCCUCGAAUGACAGGCCGGUUGGGCCCUUGUCUGCUCAGAUUUCUGGUCGGAGCCUGCCAUUGUUGUUCAUUCGGUCGUAUGACGGUGUCGGCUAUCAUUCCGGGAGGACUGUCACGGUCGAGAAUAUCUUCCAGAGCAUAGACAUUGGCGGUCUUACCAAUGGCUCCAAUGGGAGCGGGGCUCAGAUGGAUUCCAACUGGUUAGCUGCUGCUCAGGCUGUUGAGGGCUCAACGCACGGUUGGGCGCUGCGAGUCCUCUGAGGGCAUUGUAAAUAUGCGGUCCGGGUUUGCUCUUUCGCUUCCAGAUUUUUUUGGAUAUCAGUUCUGUGGUAUCGGUCCGUCGUCAGCAGCUUGUGUCUCCACUGUCUACACUUGUAAUAAUGGGGUUGUUGUCUCUUCUAUUGGGCGUCCAUGUGCUAGUUGUUCAUAAGGUUUGCUUGUCUAUUACUCACCGCUGAAGAUGUAUUUCGAGCCUGUAUCGACGAAUGACCAAUGAAGUUGCCUUGUCGAAAUCUUC